ACGAAACUUGACUUAACCUGUUUGAUGACACGAGCUCUCUUCGCGAAAAUUAUCUGUUGCAAAAUUAGCUGCAAAUCAUUUGCUGUUUUGUGAUCUGUGAAGUAGGGAGGAAUAGAAGGCAUUGGCAGAAAGCAAUUUAACUUACACCUUUUAAGAGUCACAGUUGGCUGAACCUAUGGAAUAUCUCAGACUGUUUGCUGAAGAGAUUGUGUGUAGAGGGAGCUCUAACGAUGACAGCUGGUUCUGUACUUGUUCCUAUGGUGAUACCUAUGAGGGUUCCUCAACUCGGUAAACCUAAAGCAUCCAUAGAUACAAACACCAAGAUUGCUCUCUGUUCAAGUGGAAAUUCAGAAGUUGAUAUCUUUUACACAUUAAAUGGGACAAAGCCUGAAGCUUUUCCCCUAAAAAGGACACCAGAGUUUUGCACAUUCACCUAUAAGGGCCCAUUCCCUCUUCCUGCUGGCAAAGUGACCCUUAAAGCAUUGGCUGUGUCAAAACAAAAAUUCACACAAGUCUCGGCUCGUGCAGCAAAUUACUUGUACAAUGGUGCUCUCAUACUGCGAGGUUCUACUUUGGAGAAGAAGAGGUCCAUGAAGAAUUUCCAUAUGGCACUAAAACCUGCUUGGACUGCAAGUCCAACACCAAAUGAUGCCACUUAUUUAAUGUCCAAGCUCCAUAUUCCUGAUGAAAAAAGACCACCAUCUAGCGCCAGAUUUCUGGAUGAACGAUUCAAAAACAAAAAUGAGAAUCGGAAAGAUACACCAACAAGUCUCAUUCGUACCUACCAGAUUCAGACCAUAGCUGACCAAUUAUCAGCAACAGAAUGGAAAGGAAUCCCAGAACCACACAAAGCACCAAACAACCCAAAAGAAAUUUAUCGACUUCAAAGACAAACAGAUUUCCUUAAGUGUGUCUACUGCUUUGCUGACCGACCAGCUGAUCCGUGUGCCAAGUUCUGUAAUGUUUGCGGCAGAGAAGUUCCACCACUUCCUCAGAAUCGAUUACUACCUCCAGAACCAGGACAGAUGGGUAAUUGCAUCUAUUGCAAUUCUUUGGUUCCUUUUAACACAGAAACAUGUGUUGUAUGUGAAGGUCCAAUUCCAGUUCAGAAUCAGCCCAAAGCCAGUAUUAAGUUGACUGACCGACUUAUUUGCAAACUCUGUGGCACUGCUAAUCCUUGCAACCUGUCUUCUUGUGUCAUUUGUGACUCUAAACUUUCUCCAGCCACAGACCUUAAGAAAUUUCCUGACAGUGUAAACCAGCAAGACAUACCACUUGAAUCAAAGUUUGUAAAAUGUUCAAAAUGUCUCCGCAUCAAUAAUGCUGAUGCUCGUUUCUGUGACUGGUGUGGCAACAAACCAAAUCUCUCCACUUACAUCCAAUGUCCUCGUUGUAAAGCCACCAACCACGUGAUGUCAACUUACUGUGCCAGUUGUGCUGCACUCAUUGAACCUCCUCACCGAAAUAUUAACAAUGAAUUCAGUGGACCAACAAAUCCAAUCAACACUGGCCACUGGACAAUGGCUCAGAGCACUAACCAUUCCUCAAGAUCCAAGCAGUCAACUGGCACUCAGACCAUUGGCCUCUUCUACCCAUCGCAACGAGAAAUGACAAAGAAAGAAAUGGAAGAUGAAGAAAAGAAGUCUUAUGAGAAACAACUGAGAGACAGGCAACCACUUCUCACAGCCAUCAGUCCAGGGCGAGGUUUUUGGAGAAAACAAGUGGAACAUAUCUGCCAUCAUCUCAAAGUCCAUACCCAAAAUUGCGCGGAGUUUCGAGCUCUAAUUGCAGAACCACGCAUGGGAAGGCUUGUGUCGGGAACAAUUCAUGAAGACAGUUUUGAAAUGAGUUUGACUUUAAACUUUGCACUCUAUCAACCGAAAUCUAACCUCACCAAUGGCCACACACCAUCGCGAUCUGCUGACAAUCUUCAAUCACCAUAUCGAGAAACAAAUAUUUUAGAUACUUUCCGAAGUGAAUCUUCUCUAGUUUCUGGAGAGACCAGUGAUGUAUCAAUGGUGUCAUCUAGCAACAAGAAGAAGAAGAAGACUCGACGCCUCAACUCUAAAAAGCAUAAACUCUCAGCAAUUGACAAGAAAUUGUUCCAGCAACUUUGUGUUAACGGAGAGAGUGAUAUCAAAGAACUCCAACGCCUUUUUGAUGAAGGUGCUGAUCCAAACUGUACAAAUAAAAAUGAUUUCUCAAUUCUUUGUGUGGCUGUGAAGAAUAAGCACAAAGACUGUAUACCUGUCAUUGUCCAGGCUGGUGCUGAUAUACACCGUAAAGGCCCUGUAUCUUGUAAAGGAAACACAGUUUUACAUGAAGCUGUCAAAUUAGGAGAUGAAGGUCUUGAGAUUAUUGACACACUACUUCGAUGUGGAGCUGAAGUAAGCAGAACGAAUGACCGUGGCGAAACUGCCCACGAUUUAGCCAAGAAGUGUGGCUACGAUAAAAUUACAACUCGGCUAAUGUCCAGUCUUGGCCAAGCACAACUGGAGAAGCUUUUAAGUAACAAACCCUUACAAAUAGAUUAACCUUUCUGACCAAGGGAGCUUGAUGCAUUUCAUGAUGGCACCAAUAGAAGAGCAUACGAGGGAUGCAGAUAUAAACACGCACACAUUUAUAUUCAGAGGCCCUCCAUAAGCUAUUUUGUUUGGCUUAUGCUUCCUUUUCUUGUUUUGAGAUUGCAGUUUUUUUGUCUCUUUUAAUCUAAUUCAUAAAACCUAUCUUUUAUUGGUUUCAGUUAAAUGUUUUUAUUAAUUGUUUUAACUCGGUACUUGUUUUACCUUACUGUUGAGGAUAAAAAGCAAAGUAGACCAGGCACGAAGGCACAGAACCCACAUUUUUAGUGCAAGUACUGAUUUCGCUGUUAUAUAUUUAAUGGCUUUCUGCCAGUUUCUAGCAACUAAAUUUAACUUGCAAAGCUUUGGUGAAUCUGACGCUGCUGUUGAAGAAACUUGCCCAAGGUACUACACAGUGGCAUUAAACUCAGAAAUAUUUUAUUGUAAAUUGAACACAGCCAUAUUUAUGCUCAUUAAUAACUUAUCUUUUCACUUGUAAAAUUUAAGAUUUAAAAAAAAAUUCUUCACUUGUAUAUCUAACCACAUUCUCAACAAGUAACAUAUUUAAUAUGAAUACAAAUAUUUUUUUAUCUAAAGCUGUAUUCUGUGUCACUUGUUGCAUUGUCAUCUACUUCAUAUCUUCUUUGUCUUGUUCCUCCCCCACAGCUGGAAGUUUAAAAGAUUAUUGAGCCAACCGGCAGUUAUUUUUUUACUGCUAAAUAUUCCACUUUAUUCUUCCAAAAAAAAAAAAAAAUUUCCCUACAAAAAAAACCAAUCAAAAAUUUUCAUGUGUAAUAAUAUCAAAGAUGUUUAGUUUUGCUAAACUAAAAUUAUGCUUUCUUUAGGCAAAAUAUCCUCACUGGUCACACGGUAAGAGAUUAAUUACCAAAUAUGAGUUUACUUGGUUGAACAGCAAUUUCUUAAAGCCAGAUAUAAACAAUAUAAGAGAGGUCAUAUUUGAAUAAAAAAUUUCCCCAAAAUUUUACUGUGAA